AUGAUAAUGGCGGACAUCCAGGGCCCUCCGCCCGCUGCGCAGCCCGAAAGGGUGCGUAAGAGACGCCGGCGCACCAUGGCUUGUACCCAAUGCCGCAGUCGCAAGUUGCGCUGUGAUCGCGAAUAUCCCACCUGCGGACGUUGCCUCAAGAGCAGAACUCCCAAUAAAUGCUCGUACGAGGAUGGUUUUCUCUGGCAGCAGCCCAGCACCGUGUCGGCCGUUGCCUUUGCAUCCGACCGAGGUUCCACCAUAUCUGCUCCCCCACGAGUUGACCGCACGCCCGUCCACACGCCUCCGGAUUCGGGGACGGGCACCAUGUCAAUUCGAACGGAAUCAUUCGUCCCAACCAAAGAGUCUGCUCCGUCGGCUUCUCAAGAGCAACGUGACUAUCAUCUCCAUCAUGACUUGGACCACCACAGCAAUCAUGCUCUGCCGCCGUUCCGGACCCGGCCGCCACGCGAACGCCGGGAUUGCUUUUUGGAAACUGUUCUAGGCGCACCUAAGGCAGCUGUGAACCAGGAGCCCUAUGCGAACUCCGAGGUCGUGCAGCGACCGAAGCGUCCCGCCCCCGAGCUCGAUAUCACCAUCUCGGCCCAGGCUGAUGAGGCCGAUUACGGUGAAGAAGAGUCAGAUGGUGCCUUUUCACCAUCGCAAAAAUUGGACCUUUCGCCUCGCAUGAUGAUGCGGGGCCGGGAGACGAAGACACGCUUCAAUGGAUCAGGGGUGUAUGCCAAUAUCGUAGCACAGUUCUUGGACAUCCGAUCUUUUGCUGAAGAGAUUAGACUAUCCAAUCCAAUUCUCUCACAGGUCCGCCCCGACCUGGAGAGGGUCAAGAAGGGGGUAUGGAAGCGGAUUCCACUUAAUGAGCCCUUCCCCGAACCCACCACGGCAUCGCUGAUAUCUUUGUUGCCAUCUCGUGCAGUUGUGGAUGAGUUGGUAGGCUUAUAUCUGACUUAUAUCGAAUCUACACACCGCAUCUUCCAUGCCCCAACUUUCCUACGGGAUCUUGACAAGUUCUGGAGCUUGAUGGAUACACCCAACAUGGCAUCUCCCUCAUUUGCGGCUCAGCUCCUGCUGAUGCUCUCCUGCGCCUGGCACCUCGCCGACCCGGUCACUUUACAAGAAAAGAAUGGGGAAGAACUCAAAUGCUAUACUGCCGUGGAGUGGGUUCUGCAUGCCGAAAAAUGGAUCGAGAAUUUGCAUGUUAAGAGGCCGGAAAUCAAUUCGAUGCGAAUCUCUAUACUCCUAAUAAAAGCAUGGAAUUGGCACGGGAUGAAGCGCAGCCAGGCCUGGCUCGCCACGGGAACUCUUGUCAGACAAGCUAUGAUGGCUGGCUAUCACCGCGACCCGAGCCGGUAUACGAGAAUCUCAUCUUUCAACAAAGAGAUGCGUCGGCGGAUUUGGACAACGAUCGUUGAGCUUGAUUUGCAGGUUGCCUUUGACCGGGGCAUGCCACCGUCCGUGCAAAGCUCAGAUUACGAUGUUUUCUCCGUUCUGAACAUCAACGAUGACGAAUUCUACGAGGGCGCCACCGACCUUCCGACGGGACGAGCGCUCAGCGAAGUUACCGAUGCAUCUUUCCAGUCGGUUUUAGUACGAUCCCUACCGCUCCGCCUCAAGGUCUGCCAUUUAAUGCACUCGCCGCGCAUUAGUUGCCGAUACGAAGAAAUUCAUCGCUUGGACUGGGAACUAAACCGACAUAUCGCGCGGAUUCCCGCGUGGACGGCACUAGAAGGCAUCGACGCUGUGACUCAACAUAAGGUGAGCCUGUGGAAAGCUUUAAUCGAGACCAAGUUGGCACAAGCCCUCCUGUCGAUUCACACACCGUUUGCCAUCGAGGCCCGGCGGGAGUCAUUAUUUGUCCCCUCUGCAAGGUCUCGCAUGGAUAUUGCGAGCAAGAUACUUUCGACCCAGCGACAGCUUCACGAAACAUCAAGGCCGUUGUCAUUGUGCCUUCUUGGCGAAUGGACUCUACAGGCCUAUAUGUCAAUCUGUCAGAUUUUGCACUCGGGAGAAUCUCGGAAUGCUCCUGACCACCCGACAUCCACCAUGUUUUCGAUCCACAAUCUUCCCGGCCUCCCCGAAUCGCUUAUUUCUCUGGUGGAAACGACCCUGGUCUGCCUGGAAGGCCGAUUUCUGCUGGUGGUCAAAGGAGCCAAGGACUAUUUCUUUUUGUCGACAAUCGUGGCGUUGGUCAAAGCCAGACUAUGGCCUACCCAAGCAGUCAUGUACAAGCAGCAGGUGGUCGAACGGAUUCUGUCUUUCGCACAAACAUUAUUUUCUCGCCAUGCCAGCUGCGAGCAUCUGGGCACUCCCGGGAUGGGCAGUUUCAAAACCAACCAGGUGGCUGCUUUUACCGCUACUCCCGGCGUGGUCCCCGUGUUACCCUCGGACUUGGAGAACAUGCUCCCAUCAGCAAAUCUCGGCUCUCCCGGCGAAUUCGAUCCUUUCUUGGAUGUCUUCGAUUGGGAGGAUCUAACCGGAUAUGCCCUCGGCGACUGA